UGCUGUGGGUGGUCGGGACACAGGUUGGCUCCUCCUGCGCGACCCGUCGUACUCGCUCGGUCAUGUUCGAGCUGGAACCACCCCUACUCUACCCCCGAGCUGAGUAAAUAGUGAGGUCCAGGUGAUAUUGUUUAUUUUUUGCGUUUGUGGUUGUGUGCGCGGGUGGACGCGAUGAAGGUGACAGUGAUUUUCGUGAUGAACCUCUUUGUGCUCACCGCCCUGGGGGAGGUCGCCGCCAGGAACAAGAACAGGGGCAAGGGAUCGAUGUGGUGGGGGAUCGCCAAGGCCGGCGAGCCCAACAACCUCUCCCCCAUAUCCCCCGGGGUGCUCUACAUGGACUCCUCGGUCCACGGCACCCUCAGGCGGAAGCAGCGGCGCCUGGCCAGGGACAACCCCGGGCUCCUGGUGGCCCUGGCCAAGGGCGCCAACGCCGCCAUCCACGAGUGCCAGCACCAGUUUCGCAACCAGCGCUGGAACUGCUCCACGAGAAAUUUCCUGCGAGGAAAGAACUUGUUCGGAAAAAUCGUCGACAAAGGCUGUCGAGAAACCGCCUUCAUCUACGCCAUAACCAGCGCCGCCGUCACCCACGCCAUCGCGAGGGCCUGCAGCGAGGGCUCCAUCGACACGUGCAACUGCGAGACCCACUACAAGGGGCGGCCGCAGGUUACGGGGAAUGCAGCGGUGGCAGGAGUUCGGGAUUUCGAAUGGGGCGGUUGCUCCGACAACAUCGGCUUCGGAUUUGCCGUCAGCCGCGAAUUCGUCGACACGGGAGAAAGGGGGAAGACGAUAAGGGAGAAGAUGAAUUUGCACAACAAUGAGGCCGGCAGAUGGCACGUGCAGGCCCAGAUGCGCCAGGAGUGCAAGUGCCACGGCAUGUCCGGCUCCUGCACCGUGAAGACCUGCUGGAUGCGGCUGCCUCCCUUCCGCGUGAUCGGCGACCUGCUCAAGGACCGCUUCGACGGCGCCUCGCACAUCACCGCCGCCAGCUCGGGCCACCACCGCAACAGCAACAACGCGCACCGCAACCGGCCGCCGAAGAGCCCCAAGUCCAACAACCUCAACGGCAACAGCAUCCACAGCAAGCGCGACAACCGGCGCAAGCACAAGUACGGCUUCCAGCUGAAGCCGUUCAACCCCGAGCACAAGCCGCCCGGGGCCAAGGACCUGGUGUACUACGAGAUGAGUCCGGGCUUCUGCGAGAAGAACCCCAAGCUGGGCAUCCAGGGCACGCACGGGCGGCUGUGCAACGACACCUCCAUGGGGGUGGACGGCUGCGACAUCAUGUGCUGCGGUCGGGGCUACCGCACCCAGGAAGUGGUGGUUUUCGAGCGGUGUAACUGUACGUUCCACUGGUGCUGCGAGGUGAAGUGUGACGUUUGCAGAACGAAAAAGACCAUCCAUACGUGCGUGUAGGGCGGGGGUGGUCGACGCUUAUUAUCAGUAUUAGAGAUUGUGACGGAAAUGUAAGACUGAUCGGAAUUUUUGAGUCAUUUUUGUACAUAUACUAACUUAUACUUUUGAAGUUGGAGAGGAGUGGAUUGGAUGCUGCUGGGGGACCAGCGAGGGUCGUUAUUUUAUAUUUAUUUAUCGAUUGUAAAUAUGGAAAAAUCAGCAUGUAGUGUAUCUCAAAUCGUGUAUAUGUACCUAUAAUUUAUACAGAUCUUUUCUAUGUUGCGCAUUAAUUUAUUGACUCUAAGUGUACAUUAGCAUUUGUAAAUAUUCAUGUAGCUUAUGUAGAUACUAUCGUAUUUUUACAAUUACCUAUUUAUAAUUAAACGUACUUGUAAAU